AUGAUGGGUGAUGAGAUGCUUAAAAAAAGAUUAUUACUGAUACCAAUAGCUUUAUUCUUGUUCUGCUUAUUUUUGAUGUUUUUUUCCUUUAUAGACACCGAUUGAGCGAAAAUUCAAGCAGGAGAAGAUAUUUAUGAAAUCGGCCUUUUUAGUUGUUCGAAUUGCCAAAAUCAAUAUAAAAGCUGAGAUUGAAAAUGCUUUUCUGAUUUUGCUUGCAUUUCCCCACAAAAUUUAAGAAACUGUUUGGACUUUACAGCAGCUACAAAAGCUUCAAGAGUAUAUAUAUGCCUCGAAUUUUUUGCUCUGAUUUCAGGAUUAUUAUUAAUUGACAAACUCGUGAUUGCUUAUUAUAAUAAACAAUGGUGCCAUUUCUUUUAAUUUUAAAAAAAAAAUUAUUUAAUUUCAUAAAUAAUUUUUUUUAAAAAAUUAAUUUUUCAAUAAAAAUAAUUUUUAAAAUCUAAUGCAAAAUAAACACCAUGUAUCAAUUAGCGUUUAUUUGCUGAGCUCUCUAAUGAGUAUAUCACAUUUAAUCAGCUACUUAAGCUGGCUUUAUCUUAUAAAUCAAGAGGUCAUUUCCAGUAGAUCAGUCGUUACGGAAAGUGGUCCAAGAGUAUACUCAAAAGAAGGAUCCUCAAAAUCAAUGCUUGCCUGUGUUCUAUCUUUUAUUGCGAUAAUUAUUUUACAUUUGGUGAUGAAAUCUUAUGAAGGAAAAGACUUAUACUAUAAUUACUAAUAAUUUUAUUUUUUUUAAAAAAAUAAAUCAAUAUUUUUGCCAAAUAUUUAUUUAUUUAUAUUUUGUAUAAUUAUUUUCGAUGACACAAUUUCUCUUGACACCCUUAUAAAAAGGUUCACAAUGAGACGUUGAAUGUUUAGAUGUGGCUUAUUAUUUACAUCAGCUUUUUCCUUAAUUUCUUUUAUCCUUUAUAACGGAAGAUGGGUUCUUCGGUUCACCAGAAACUCUUAUUGGCAAGGUGGUUUGUUAGCAUGCCAAGACUGCAAUGAAGAUAUCAAAAAUUUGCAUUGAAAUUGCUUACAGUCACUAAACUGUGCCAGCGAUUUUACUAAAGGAAGCUGCGAGUUAUAUUCAGACCUUGCACUAGCUUCAAAAGGUUUUAUACUUUUUCCUAUAAAUAGCCUUAAUUACCACCAAGCUAUUUUUUUUUUGCCUAAAUAUCGUAAAAAUUUUAUAUUAUAUUUGAAGCAAUUGCUUUUAUUUUUUUUAUUUUCUUUUUACAAGCUUACAUUAAGAUUCUGGCAGGGAAACACUAUGGUUUUCCUAUCAUGAACUAUUUGUACGCUAUCGGCGUCUCAUUUUUUAAUUUUUUAGCAACAAUUGCUUGGUUUUAUUUAAGCAGGGCAAGUCUUACUUUAGAUUGUCAAAGGGAGCCUCUUGAAAAUGAGCGUCCGCCAGCGUGUUCGACAGUAGGACCAUUUGGUUUGAUGUUUUCAAACGUCUUUUUGAUUCCGAUGUCAUUUAUGUUUUGUUAUGCGUAUUAUCACAGAGAAAUUAGAAUAGAUUUAAUUGCGCAUCAAAAUAAGGAUCUGGAUUCAGAACAAAGUGAAGUGAGUUUUGACCAGUCUAAUUUAGAAAAUUAA